GAAGGGUAGUUCAGAAGGUGAUACCUUAGGCUUUGCCUUUUUUUCUUGGGACCUGGUACCAAAAGGCUGUACCAAAAUGAGCAGCUUAGAAAUCUUGACAUUCCCUGUGGUUGUUGCCAAUUCUAGGCAUAAACUCACCUCUGGAAAGAAACAGUCCCUACCGGGUGAAUUUUCUCGCCGUGGCAAAACAGAAUUGGCAAAGUCUCAGGUGGAUAAUAAACCACCAAGUGCCAAGGCUCACCGCUACUUCAAGGUCACCAAGAUACAAGAUGCCCAAAAGAAAAUUGGGCUGAUUGAAAGGGAAAACAAAGCCCUUUCAGCGCGGCUAGCCGAUAUAUAUCGCGGAGCGGGCAUGGUUGACUGCUGGAACGAGUACCAACAGAAGAGCUCAUUUCGACAGAAGCAGAAUGUCGAACUCGUGAGGAUUACUGUGGAGAACCAGGGAAUCCUUAAGAGGAUCAGAGAUCGGAAGCCAACCUAUGACCGGAGACAAUCUGAGUUGGAUUGGCAGAAUUCAAGGAAGUAUCUGAGAAACAGCACCUGCUUUCUAAUCUCAAACAGCGAAAAGCGAGGCUAUGCAAGGUAUAACAAGGGAUUUGGGGCUGCUCGAACAUAACAGCUAGUUGAUGGCUCUGUCAGUGACUGGCUGAUAAUCUUUAUUGAAAUAUUAGAAUAAAACAUGAGUGUUGAAGGAACAUUUCUCUUUUGCUUCUGCUUUUUGCUUGGGGAAAAUCCCA